GCGUGGCUUCACGGGAGAGGGCGUGGCUUGGAAGGGGCGUGGCUUGGAGGGGUCCCUGUGAUUGACGCAGGCCCCGCCCACUCACGGGUGUCACCAUGGGCCCCGCCCGGGUCACCGGCCUCUUCCUGCUGCUGCUGGGUUUCGUGGAUGCGGAGAUCGACUGCAGCUCCUGCCUGCCAGACGCCGGACCAAUCGCCGCGCUCGUCAUCGCUGACAUCAUCAUGACGCUGCUCAUCGCGGGCGGGGCUUAUUGCCUGGCAGGGCGGAGCCAAAGGGCCGCAGCCAAUCCCCGCCCUCCCGAGCCGGAAUCGACCUAUCAGGAGCUGCAGGGCACCCGCCGGGAUAUUUACAGCGAAUUGAAGCGAUGAGCCGCCCCUCCCCCCACCCGGAAGUGACCCAAGCGCCCGGGCCCCUCCCCCUC